AUGAGUUUUGUAGAACUCAAACCACCAUUAGGUUCAAGCCUAAUGCGAUACAUGCUAGAACCGUUUACAUUAUCAUUGACAAUAAAAAUAGAUGAAAGCAUUACACAAAACUUGCCUUUGCCUUUGGAUGUGUCGAGCCAGGAUUUACAAAGUAAAUUGUGCUCUAUAGUUCCUGCCAUAUUAAAUGCUCAAAUUUGGACAAAUUCGGUUGAUAAAUAUUCUCCUGAAGGAAAAUGGCAUGAGAUAGAUAUGGGUGUACAUAUUGUUUCUUUUGAUGAAAAAAGGUCUAAUGAUUUAGGUGCACUUACGACUGCCAAAUUUUGGAUUGUUAACUUUCAAGGUUCUAUAUUGCCAACUGCUACUGGUAGUUUCGAGUAUACAGUUCGUUGGAAAAGUCAAGACAAAGAUUGGGAUUGGGCGAAUCGAUACGGAAAAAAUGGGACAUUUGAAGUUAAGCCACCUUCGCCUGACUCUCCAUGGACUCAUGGCCCUCGAGCUGUCGAAAUAGAACCUGAUCUGUAUGUCGGGAAUUAUAUUGCAGCAAGCAGAGCAAAAAAUAUGGGAUUCCAAGCUGUUUUGACUGUCGCAAAAGAAUUGGAACUUCCACCGGAAACACUUGAGGGCAUUGAAUAUUUGAAAGUUCCUAUGGAAGAUGGUGCAAAUAAUAGAAUACCAGACGACGCUAUUAACACAUGUGUGAAAUGGAUUCAGGAACAGUUAGACAAUAAACGAAAAACACUUGUUCAUUGUCGGGCUGGAAUUGGGCGUUCUGGAUCAAUAGGAAUUGGAUACAUUUAUUUUCAUCAUCAAACGCUUUCUUAUAGACAAGCGUUACAACAAGCUUGGUCAAAGAAACCUGAUAUAUAUCCACAUGUUGGAUUACAACAAUCUUUAGAAAGAUUAUAUCCGAGGCUUUACCAGGUUGAAUCAGGUAAUUAA